GCUUCCUUUGUGUCAGAAGUAGGUGGCGGCUGCGCGUAUAUGGCUGGAGCUGCUUUGGAGCCCGGCUCGCAUGUUAAGAAGCUAGCCAAAGACGCGAGUGACUUUGCCAAAUUCCCUGACAAGUCCAAACUGCCGCAGAAAAUGUUCUCAUGGCAAGAAGUGAAGCAGUUCGACGGCGAGCAAGGGCGCCCCAUGUACCUUGUCAUUGACAACAACGUCUACGACUUCACUGACUUCGCUGAUGUGCACCCAGCAGGGCCGGGGCCGCUGAAGCAGCACGCGGGCGGCGACGCGAGCGCUGCGAUGCGCGCCGCGCGCAUGCCCAGUGCCGUCAUGGACGUCUUCAUACACCGGUUCAAGGUCGGCGCUGUCGAUAAACCCCGGAACGCAGAAUUCGAGAUCAUGGCUGCGACACAGUACAGACUAGCGGACGUGCAAGCACGCAACGGCAAACUUGGUGCGCCUAUCUGGAUCGUAUAUAAAGACUCUGUCUAUGACAUCACCAGUUAUGUUGACCAGCACCCUGGAGGUGACGACGCCAUUAAAGCAGAAGCAGGCACCGACGCCACGAGUGCUUUCCAAGACGUCGGCCACUCCGACGACGCUACGACCAUCCUCGCUAAACUCAAGAUUGGGGAGAUCAUAGAGGAGGAAAAAAAAUAUGACGCCAACGGCAAGAAAAAGAAAAAAGUUGUGGCAGCUAAAGACGAAGGCACGGGCAGAAGCUGUCUGAACACUGUCACUUGUGGUUUAUUAGGCUAACCAAUAUUAUCUCAA